AUGACACGCAAACAUCACCGUUGCUGCUGCUGUACUGACUACGUCCACUACUACUACUACUACUACUACUACUACUACUACUACUACUACUACUACUACUACUACUACUACUACUACUACUACUACUACUACUACUACUACUACUACUACUACUACUACUACUACUACUACUACUACUACUACUACUACUACUACUACUACUACUACUACUACCACAAAGCCAAUUUUUGUGGAGGAAGCGUGGAUAAGGCAGUCUGCUUCACUGCGAUUUAG